GACGUAACCCUCCACAUUCCACUAGUAUAGCAUUACAGGAGCUCUAAGCACAACAACACAGUAAGGCAAUAAAUGCAGCUAUAUAUAGAACAUUCAAGCAAAACAACAAUUUCUUUCAGCCAUACUGACCACUUUCUGAAUCCAUACAUACUACAAGUUCUAAGAGGGACUUCAUUACCAGCUGGAUGGUGGCCACCAGGAAGAAGAGGAAGGAGAUAGAGGCAAAGGCAGCUUCCAGAGAUGGGUUAGAGUGCAGACUCUGAUCACACUGUACACAGGAAGUAUCAGAGAGUAGGGGAAUGACCAGAUUAGGUGUCACUUCUGGCAAGGAUUAUGUAAUACAGA